GGACCAGUACCCUCCCUCCCCUGCUCGGCUAGCCAACAGACCGUUACCGUAGCAACCACGGAACAUCGGAAUGCGCAAGCGUUCUCUCUCAGAAUCUUUGCCUUUCCACGGUGUUCUAUCCAGGUGGUGACCAUCCCUUUAAGAGCGGCUCCUGUAAUAAAGGUGGUUGACCAUCCCUUUAAGAGCUGUGUGUGCAGUGUGGAUAUAGUGUGAAUCUGCCCGGAGAGCUGGAUUGUGGAGCAGCGAGUGUGUCUCUGCCUGGCACACUCUUCUCACACACACCUUGCCGCAAGCCUGGACAGAGGGACACAGAGACAGCAGCUACCCACUGAGCCUCUCUCCUCCCUGGGCGGUGAGGCCGGACCUCAACCCCCUCCCCCUAGCCAAGGACCAGGAGACCCACCUCUAGAGACCCACAGCAGACCUCAGAGCAAUGUGACCACUGACUGAACCAAGCCAGGACCAAACAGGCUGUUAUGGAUCUGAGAAGAAGAAGGAACAGAAGAAACAGCACGCUGUGAAACCCUGCUGGUCCAGUCACAAUGGUCCCAGUUCUGUUUUUGGUGGCAAUCACGUUAUCAACCAAUGACACUUCCAAUGAAGACCAGACAGGAGAAGACACGAAGUCCCAGAGUUCCCACAUCCUGCCUACCGUGCUGGUCUUCUCCGUGCUGCUUGUCAUCAGCAUUCUGCUGGCCUGGUACUUCCUCAGGAUAAGGAACCAGAGAAAGGAGGUCGUCACAGCAGUCGACAAGAAAAUACCGAAUGGAAUCCUGGAAGAACAAGAGCAACAGACAGUUGUGCUGCUUCCCAGAUCCCCCUCUGCCUCUAAAACCUACUUCCCCAUCCCAGUCGACUGCCUGGAGGAGGAGACCAGGAUACGAUCCGCUGACGAUGGCAAACUGUUCAGAGAGGAGUUCAAUUCGUUGCCAUCUGGAUAUACCCAGGGGACGUGCCAGGAGGCCAACAAAGAAGACAACAGAGAAAAGAACAGAUAUCCCAACAUCCUUCCAUAUGACCAUUCCAGGGUGGUGCUAACACAGCUAGAAGGAAACCUCUGUUCAGACUACAUCAACGCUUCCUAUAUCCAUGGCUACACGGACAAUAACAAAUUUAUCGCAGCACAAGGUCCUAAACAAGACACGGUAGCAGACUUCUGGAGGAUGAUAUGGGAACAGAAGACGGCAACUAUUGUCAUGCUGACCAACUUGAAAGAGAGGAAAGAGGACAAGUGUUACCAGUACUGGCCAGACCAGGGCUGUUGGACCUAUGGUAAUGUCCGGGUGGCUGUGGAAGACUGUACUGUGUUGGUGGACUACACCAUACGGAAGUUCUGCAUACAAUAUCAGGCCAGUGACGGCACCAAGCCCUCCAGGCUGGUCACCCAGCUCCACUUCACCAGCUGGCCUGAUUUUGGGGUGCCCUUUUCCCCCAUCGGCAUGCUCAAGUUCCUCAAGAAAGUCAAGACGGUCAACUCCUCCUUCGCUGGGCCCAUCGUGGUUCACUGCAGUGCUGGUGUGGGAAGGACAGGGACCUUCAUUGUGAUUGACGGCGUGAUUGACAUGAUGCACCAAGAGCAGAAGAUUGACGUCUUUGGUUUUGUGUCCAAGAUAAGAGACCAGCGCUCGCAGCUUGUACAGACAGACAUUCAGUACUCGUUCAUCUACCAGGCCCUGUUGGAAUACUACCUGUACGGAGACACAGAACUGGACGUGUCAUCUCUAGAAGGACACCUGCACAAACUCCACAACACCCACGCCCCCUUCGACAGGGUCGGCCUGGAGGAAGAGUUCAAAAAACUGACCAACAUGAGGAUAAUGAAGGAGAACAUGAGGAUGGGAAAUCUCCCUGCCAACAUGAAGAAGAACAGAGUGCUCCAGAUUAUUCCAUAUGACUUCAACAGAGUGAUUAUGUCCAUGAGAAGAGGCCAAGAGUUUACUGACUACAUCAAUGCAUCAUUUAUAGAUGGCUACAGGCAGAAGGACUACUUCAUAGCGACCCAGGGUCCUUUAUCUCACACGGUAGAGGACUACUGGAGGAUGGCGUGGGAGUGGAAGUGUCACUCCGUCGUCAUGCUGACGGAACUACAGGAGAGGGAGCAGGACAAGUGUUUCCAGUACUGGCCCACAGAGGACUCAGUGACCUAUGGAGACUACACUGUAGAGAUGAAGGGAUGCACUGUGUGUGACAGCUUCAGUGUACGGGAUCUGGUACUCACCUAUGGCCCAGAUAAGCAGACACGUCUGGUCCGCCACUUCCAUUUUCACGGCUGGCCAGAGAUCGGGAUCCCAGCCGAAGGGAAAGGAAUGAUUGACAUCAUCGCCUCGGUGCAGAGACAGCAACAGCAGUCAGGAAACCAUCCCAUCAUCGUACACUGCAGUGCUGGUGCAGGGCGAACAGGUACGUUCAUUGCACUGAGCAAUAUCCUGGAGCGGGUCAAGGCUGAGGGCCUACUGGACGUCUUCCAGACUGUGAAGAGUUUACGGAUGCAGAGGCCACAUAUGGUCCAGACCGUGGAACAAUACGACUUCUGCUACCGCGUGGUACAAGACUUUGUGGACAUUUUCUCAGACUAUGCCAAUUUUAAAUGAUGAAAUAUUUGCCUUACAAACAUUUUUUUUGUUCAAAUGUUGUUGUUUUUAAAGUUUUUUUUUAAUACCGGUUGGUCAGGCUUUGUGUUUAGUCCUUAGAAGGAUUGAAAGGUUUUCUAUUUUGCUAUGCACUUGUCCUUACUGUAACUAAAAACUCCAUCCCUCGCUGUAAUAUACUGUACGUCAACGGACAAAGAUUUGUAAAUGCCAAAAUGUAAGAUUAAUAAUGUAUAUUUCACGUCAUGUAUAAUAAUUAUUUUGCAAUGAAAUUCAAGUGUUUGUUUUUUUUAAACCUUGAGUCUCUUUAUUCACAUGUUUUAGUUGUUGUAUGAUACUGUACUUUUGUUAAACAUCUUGUUUAUUCAGA